AUGACAGCCGAAGAGCUGCUUGACAUUCCAGACGAUGGGUUUCGGUAUGAGUUGGUGAGGGGGGAACUGGUAAGGAUGGCGCCUACCAAGAAUUAUCAUGGCGAGAUCGCUGCAUAUGUCACCGGAAGCCUUGUUCCCCAUGUCAGAAGGAAUAGUCUCGGCAAAGUUUACACUGCGGAAGCGGGGUUUACUCUCGCAUCCAAUCCUGCUCACGUGCGCGUGCCGGACAUAGGCUUCGUCCGACUCCAGAAUAUAGAGCGAAUAGGGCGUCCCGACAGCUUGUGGCCGGAGCCGCCAGACCUUGCCAUAGAAGUAAUCUCACCCAGCGACCGCUACUCUGAUGUGGAAGAGAAAGUCUUCGACUAUCUUGAAGCCGGAACGCAGAUGGUAAUUGUGCUGGAAUCGCGCACGCGCACGGCGAAGGUGUAUCGCUCGCGGACGGAUGUUACCGUGCUCACGGAAGCGGGUAUGCUGGACGGCGCCGAUGUGGUUCCGGGGUGGAGCAUGCCUGUGUCGGAGAUAUUCGACUAG